GUAAAGGCAGUCAACAAAGAGGGCCAAUCGGAACCCCUAGCGGCCGACCAAUACGUGCAAAUCAAAGAUCCAUGGGAUGAACCUGGCAAGCCAGGUCGUCCAGAAAUUACUGACUUUGAUGCUGAUCGGAUUGAUAUCGCCUGGGAAGCGCCCUCGAAAGAUGGCGGCGCACCAAUUGAAGAAUAUAUCAUUGAAUUGAAAGAUCCGGUGUCCCACGACUGGGUGGAAUGCGCUCGUUCACCAAGUCCGUUUUAA